UCAGAGCUCGAGCCUCUCUUCCCCCUCUAAGCAUUGACGAGUUCUCCUCUCGAAACCUGCGCGAAGCGGCCACUGAAGCGCGAGGCGAUUUUUUUCCCCCCUCUCUCCCCCUACACUUCAGUCAACAUGGCUACAAUUGUAACCUCGACCAGAUUCACAGACGAAUAUCAGCUGUACGAGGAACUCGGAAAGGGGGCCUUCUCUAUCGUCCGCCGUUGCGUCAAGAAGUCCACCGGCCAGGAGUAUGCUGCUAAAAUCAUCAACACAAAAAAGCUCUCGGCCAGAGAUCACCAGAAACUGGACCGGGAGGCGAGGAUCUGUCGUCUGCUAAAACAUCCAAACAUAGUGCGACUCCAUGACAGCAUCUCAGAGGAAGGCUUCCAUUACCUUGUCUUUGACCUCGUCACUGGAGGAGAGCUGUUUGAGGACAUCGUUGCCAGAGAGUAUUACAGCGAGGCAGAUGCCAGCCACUGCAUCAAUCAGAUCCUGGAGAGCGUCAGUCACAUCCACCAGCAUGACAUUGUGCACAGGGACCUCAAGCCAGAGAACCUGCUGCUGGCCAGUAAGAUGAAGGGAGCCGCGGUGAAGCUUGCAGACUUCGGUCUUGCCAUCGAGGUGCAGGCGGAGCAACAGGCAUGGUUUGGUUUUGCAGGAACUCCGGGUUACCUGUCCCCCGAGGUGUUGAGAAAGGACCCGUACGGCAAGCCGGUGGACAUAUGGGCAUGUGGUGUGAUCCUGUACAUCUUGCUGGUGGGAUACCCUCCCUUCUGGGACGAGGACCAACACAAACUGUACCAACAAAUCAAGGCCGGUGCAUAUGACUUUCCUUCUCCAGAGUGGGACACGGUGACCCCCGAGGCCAAGAAUCUGAUCAAUCAGAUGUUAACGAUUAACCCCGCCAAAAGGAUCACUGCCGACCAGGCCAUCAAGCACCCCUGGGUCUGCCAACGCUCCACUGUGGCCUCCAUGAUGCACCGCCAAGAGACUGUGGAGUGUCUGCGCAAGUUCAACGCCAGGCGGAAACUUAAAGGAGCUAUCCUCACAACAAUGCUGGUAUCCAGGAACUUUUCAGCAUGCAAAACCUUACUAAACAAAAAGUCGGACGGUGUGAAGUCGCAGGGAAACAACAGUAAAAACAGUGUAGUCAGCAGCAGCAGCACCAAAGACAGCAGCAUGUCAUCUUCAGCACCGAUGGAAGCCCAGACAACUGUUGUACACAACCCAGCUGACGGCACCAAGGGCUCCACAGAGAGCUGUAAUACAACAGAAGAGGAGGAGAUGAAAGGUAGGAAAGUGGCUGCCUGUGAGGCUGCAGACAGUGCAGUGGUAAGCCAGUGCAGCACCACUGAGGAACACACCCUGUCUCCUCGCUGCCCACCACCUACCUCUGGUCCCCUGCAGGAGGCUGCUAGCAGCCCCAGUGUCCCUGCUCAGGGCUCCUGUCUUGGUCCUGAACCAGAGUCCGCUCUGGCGCCCCCCGCAGGCUUGAGCCGCAACCCGCAGCGGACUCGUAAACAGGAGAUAAUAAAGAUGACGGAGCAGCUGAUUGAAGCCAUCAACAAUGGGGAUUUCGAGGCUUACACGAGAAUCUGUGACGCCGGCCUGACUUCUUUUGAGCCGGAGGCUCUUGGAAACCUGGUGGAGGGCAUGGACUUUCACAAGUUCUACUUUGACAACCUGCUGAGUAAAAACAGCAAGCCGGUGCACACCACCAUCCUCAACCCCCACGUCCAUCUGAUCGGGGAGGAGGCCGCCUGCAUCGCGUACAUCCGCCUGACGCAGUAUAUGGACGGCCAAGGCCGGCCGCGCUCCUGCCAGUCCGAGGAGACGCGCGUGUGGCACCGCCGCGAUGCCAAAUGGCUCAACGUGCACUUCCAUUGCUCAGGAGCACCAGCUGCACCCCUGCAGUGAGCCGAGAACCCAGGCCCAGCUUUGCCUGAACUCUAAAGCUGUUUGGAGCAUUUAUCUCCGUGGUUGGAUUGGUGCCUGGAUCCCGACCAGGAAGAGGCUGCUUGGAAAGUUGUAAAAACAUCAAAAGUGGCGAGAAAAUACAUUAUAAAUUAAACCAAAAAAAAGAGGAAAAAAAAUAAAUAAGAAGCAUAUUUCAAAAGCUUGCCUGAAUGAGCGAUCCAGUCCAACCCCAGCUGUGUGACGCUGGGGCCCGGCUGCUUGCAGAUGGCGCAUGCGACACAGGGUGAUGCUGUCCUGGUCCUCGUCUCCCAUGGCCUUUGUUCAGGAAAAGUAUUAAAACUGUAGUACACGUAGUGUAUAUAACGGGGGCAGCAAGUAUAAUAUUGGAAUAAUACUAUUUUCUAUGUUUUGGUUUCUAGAGCGCAGCAGAACGUCUACUACUAGUGUUCCCGUGUGUGUUUUACAGAUCACAGGUAUAUUUGGCUUUAUGGGAACUGGAGUGACUCAUAUCAACUUAAUAUCAGAAUUUAACAUCUGUUUUAAGCGUCUGUGCACAAAGUUUUAAAGGGGUUGUUGAAAAAGGGUAAUAAUAAAUAUAAUAAAUAAUAUAAGUUAAAAAAAUGGGCAAUUUUGUUUGAUUAUAAUUGUGUAUAAACAGAUAUUUAUAUAGGAGAAAAGGGGAAACAUGAUUAUUCAAGGUGAAGGGAGGGGACUUAAGCAUGUGUUUUUAUGUUUUUUUGCCUACACAAAGUGUAAAUACUAACACAAAUAUUCACACACCAUGCAUGUACACACACACAAACGCACACGCUCCCUGUGCUCCAGCCUUUAGGGUUGAGCCUCUUUGGACACAUCCGUUUCCAGGCCAGCUCACCCUGAAGUUGCAGAAGGCCUCCAUCCGUCUGCAGUGAUGGAGUUGAACACCGAAGCUCCGCACAUCUCUAAACUACCUAAUCUGAAAAGCACGGACGCACUCACACGGCAACUCUUUGUGUACUUUUCUUUCCGAUUUUUGUGUAUUUUUGACGUGAAACUAUAUCUAAUGGCCAGUACUGUUUUUGCACAGACACUUCCGACUCGAUGCUGUUGCGUUCGCUCUCCCGAGGGAGCGAACCUUUCUGCAACUUCAGGUUACGCUCGCCAAAAAGAAUUCUUCCCGUCCACCACAACUCUGCCCCUCUACUUCCAUCGCCCCCGCCUCUCGUGCUCUCCACAUCCUUCGCUUAAAGCCCUACUACGGUCCCAAGUAGCAACUCGCUGUGUAACGAUGAUGUCACCCUACUGCCCGGCCCUCGUUUCCGAUUGUGUUCUUAAAAUGUGUGUGUUGUCAGUCUUGACUUUGCUGUAUUUGUGUGAAGUCCUGGAAUUAUUAAACAAAAAGCAUGUUUAAAAAGGGAAUGCAACUGAGGGAUUGGACACCAAAAAAACAAAAACAAAGGGCAUGAUGGGUAGAGGGGCGAUGCCGGCUGGAGGGCCGUGGGACCUUUUUUGCUGAUGGCAAUCAAUGGAGUUGGUCCUUUUUUUUUUUUUGUCACUGUUGUAAAUGUAAUGGUUGUUUGUGUUUUGAUGAAAUUUUUAUAGUUGUUUUUAGCCAGAACUGUUAUAAAAAGAAAAAAGUGGGUUGAACUGAAUGGAGGGGGAAGACUGCCACAACCCUUUUUUAAUGUCCCCAUUCCCCCUCUCACACUCUCACACACACUGACAUUUUGAGACAAAACCACUUAUUACACGCCUGUGGCUAAUUAUACUGAAACUCACAACUUUAUAUAAGCACACGACCUGCUCCUUUUAAAGAGGACAACAUAUCUGUGUCAAUGGUUGCACUUCACUGUUUUUAUGUCACUGUGGUAGAAACGUUGUGACUUUGUGCUGCAAAGCGUCUCCCGCUCUCCUUCGGCUGAGGCCUCGACGCGUCCAGUAGAUUUUAAACAAUAAAUAAAACAUUGUGAAUCAUUCGUGAGACCCGUCCUACUGUAUGAACCGGCUGUGACAUCUCUGACCUGCCAUGAAAACAUUCAUGAAACGAUGUGAUAGAUUUUUAUUUAUUUUUUAUGGCUAGAUUUAUAGUAGAUCCGCUUGUGAGUCAAGUCGUAUAGUAUUUGGACAGUUGGAAAAAGUUGAAAUUGGUUUCUUUUUUAUUUUUUGGGAUCAAUUUGAAGCCAGAUAUGAUCUUCACAGCAGACCUUUUAAAUAAGAAUCCAGCUGUAAACAACUUUAUACACCUCACAUUCAUCCCAGGGUGAUAACCACUGUUGUGUUACGUUGUAGUCCAAUUGUGGAAUUUAAUACGUAACUUUAAUUCAAAUUAAAAAUGUUGACUUGGCCAACAAUGUCACAAUUAUGUCUAUUUUCUCAUUAAAAUGUAAAUGACGUGUCCCGUCUUUGCCCACAGAGGACGACCGAGUGCCAAUGAGGUCCAUUGAAAUGUGAUCGAUUGCUAUUUAACAUGACAGGGUAUCGACUUGAGUCUCACUGAUGUAAAAAGAAUACGUGACCAAAAAUAAGCUUCAUAUACAUUUUUGUAACUCCAUAGUUGAAAUACUUUGGCAAAUGUCUCAUAUAUAUAUAUACACACACACACAUAAGAUACAGAACUCGACUGACCUGAGUGGAAGAAAGGAUCGUUGCAAUGUUGAAAAAGGGAAAUUUAAUCUUAAACGACAGAAUAUAUGCAGUUCUACAAAUGGAGGAAAUAUGCAUGUCUACUUUCUGGUAAUUUUUCAAUGUUUUCUUGGAAAUCUAUGUUACUUGCAUCCUCGAGGUUAUGAAAUGGCUCCGUCCGAAAUCAAACGACGUGAUCUCGCAGUAAAAAGCAUAAAUGAUUAGAGAAAAGCCUUAGCUUGUAUGUAAAGUACGUUUGUUGCAUUUUAG